AUGGUGAAAGAUACGAUCUAUAUUGAUAAUUAUGAUAUAGAUGUUUUAUUUGAUACAAGGGCUACUCAUUCCUGUAUUUCGAAUUUUAUGGAUGUGGGCUUGAAUCUGCAUAUGUGUAAGGUAUCUCCUCCUAUGAAAGUAACUACAACUACUGGGGAAAAGUGUGGUACUUUCUACAUAUGCAAGGAUGUCGAGUUUAAGUACGAGGGCCGAGAUUAUGUAAUUGAUUUCGUUUGUCUACCCAUGAUUGGUCUUCAGGUUAUCUUGGGUAUGGACUGGCUUUCUAAGAAUUGUGCAACGAUUGACUAUUGUGGUAAAAGGCUAGUGAUGUUAUUUGAUGAGUCUGUUACUAGCUCCUCUCCUAUUAUAUCAAUACUUCAAGCCAAAUAG